UUGUGUUUUGCUUUUUGAAUAAAAUUUGUGAGAGAUGGUUCUUUCCUUUUUCCUUUUGAUUUUGAAGAAGGGAGUACUUAGGAGGAGAUCAUGAUCUCAGACCAAUAAUCAACACCAACAAAAAUGCAAUAUUUGCCUAAACAACAAGAACAACAAGAACAACAAGAAGCUGUUCUAAGGCUAUUCUACACUCUCUCCACCUCCUUCUUCCUUCUUUUCUUCUUCAUCUCCUUCUCCUCCAUUCUACUUUUCAAAUUCCUCCACUUCCUGGGCACCCCUUUAUUCCCAAGAUAUGAGUAUGAAUAUGAAUACAACUUCUCAUCCGAGGAGGAGGAGGAGGAGGAAGAAGAAGAAGAAGGAUAUGGCAGCGGAAUCCACGGCGAGACUGGAACAGUGUCGUACCUCGACGAAGAAGCCGAAACUCGAAUGAGUCGGUGGCAAAGCCAGCUUCCAGAUGAAGAAGAAGAAGUAUUACUCACUGACUUGGAGGAGCCCUGGAUUAUGGACUCCUCCACAGACCCUGAUAGCUCAGUUUAUGAGUCCCCACAACCCUUACAACAACAACAAGAGGAAGACCACCAUAUGCUAGAACAACUUAAGGAAAAUCCAGAGGUAACGAUAUCUGCUAGCCGUGGGCUUGGACGGUUACAACAGGAGGAGGAGGAAGUUAAGAAGGUUAAUGAGAACGAGAAAUAUUUGGUAUUUGCAGCAACUAAAAUGGAUGAAAAAGAAGAGAUAUUUGGGGAUUCAUGCACCGUUGGAUCAACUUCAAAGAGUUCAUCAGAGUGGAGAAGCUCAAUAAACUGUAGAGAUUCUGGCACUGAUGAUCCAUUUUCUUCUUCUUCAAGGAGGAGCUGCCCCAAAUGGGAAUCCUACACUGUUUUCCAGAAGUAUGAUGAAGAAAUGAUGUUUCUUCACAGAAUCACAGCCCAAAAGCUUCAUGAAACAGAAUCACUCAGAUUAAUUCAAAUGUGUCCAAGAUCAGUAUCAGACAGGAUUGUUCAUAAGUUAUCAACCAUUAACAAGAAGCAUUCACAUCAUGUGAACCAAAAUCCUUAUCAAGAGCUGGAGGCUGCUUAUGUGGCACAAAUUUGCUGGACAUGGGAGGCUCUUAACUGGAACUAUAACAACUUUGUCAACAAGAAACUGAGUUCUAAUUGUAACACAGGUUUGGACACUGGAUGUCCAGCCAAACUUGCUCAACAGUUUCAACAGUUUCAAGUUCUUCUUCAGCGUUAUAUCGAGAAUGAGCCUUACGACCACGGCCGUCGCCCUGAGAUCUAUGCUCGUAUGAGACGUUUGGCUCCUAAUUUGCUUCAAGUCCCCGAAUUCAUAGAUUCAGAUGAAGAACAAAAGGAAGAUGGUUCAAGAAUAUCCUCACACUCAUUUCAAACCAUAAUGGAAGAAGGAAUAAGAACAUACAUGAAUUUCCUGAAAGCAGAUAAAGAGAAACCCUCUCAAAUUAUAGCUUCAUUUUUCAAGAGGAAAAAAAAGGGUUCACUUGAUCCAAAUCUCCUCCAACUCAUGAACAAAGUGAACCAAAAAAAGACGAAAAAGCUUAAACAACUCCGUCGUGCUGGGAAGUGCUUGAGGAGGAAACGGAAGAUGGGAGUCGAGGAAGAAAUGGAGAUUUUGAUGGGUCUUAUAGACCUAAAAGUGGUGUCUAGGGUUUUGAGAAGCGCGGAUAUAAUAAACGAACAACAACUCCAUUGGUGCGAGGCGAAAAUGAGGAAAGUUGGGAUUUUGGACGGGAAAGUUCAUAGAGAUUCCUCACCUAUUUUCUUCCCACCUCAUUGAUGAAUUAAAGGUAAUUUUGUUGGUUUGGUGAGUCAUCCAUGGAGGAAAGUGAAUAUGUUGGGAGAAACCCUUUUGAAAAAAGUUGCAUAUGUGAAGAGAUGAAGAAAUUAAAGUGAAGCCUAUGAGGAAUUUUAUGGCUUGGAGAUAUGAUUUUGUAUCACUUGGAAAGUGAAGCAACAAGGAUGGGGACAAAUUCAAAAGCUUUCAUUUUUUGCUUUAUAACUUUAGCUUUUCAAUUAGGGUUUAGCUUUUAAUUUCAAAACAAGAGAACAGGCUGAUGGCUUCUUCCUCUAUUAUAUUCAAUGGAUUGUAUUGGAAUAAAUCUUCAUUUUCAUGUA